UUUCUGAAUCCUUUUUUAUCCAGUUUCCAGAACCUGGGAAUCCAAUGCGUGCGGAAACGAGACCUGGACAAAGCAGUGGCCAAGCGGAUCGAAACCAACAACAAUCCUUUCAAUGCAUCUUCAGAGGAGCUAAAAGGAGACUAUGAUCUGAAUGCGGUUCGGCUCUGCUUCCAGGUGUGGAUCCGGGACGCGGGCAGCGGUCACUUGGUCCAACUGCCCCUGGUCAUCUCGCAGCCGAUCUAUGACAAUCGUGAGUGUCUCCGGAGCACAUGGCUCUCAUCCUAGGUUUUGCCUGUUUGUAUUAUGCUUAUACGGCGCU